UUUGGUUGGGAUGGGAUUGUGUACAUGUAUGAAAUACUGAGUUCAUACUCUCAUAUUGGUUAACGCACUCGGCUCACAACCGAGUGAUCUGGGGUUCGAGUCCCCGGUGGGGAGAAACGGAUGGGCUCGUUUCUUCACACCCAAAGCCUCUGUCCACCUAGCAGUAGAAUUAGGGACCCAGUGUUAGUCGACUGUUGUGGGUUGCUUCUGGUUUGGUACUGCGUCCUGAUUAAGCUGAAAAACUUGCAAGGCCUUUACGAAAACCAAAUUGCAAAGCUGGUGGCAAGUUAUUAUAUUCAACAGACCUACAAAGAUGUUGAUAGAUUCAACUGGAAGACGGUGAUGUCACCACCUAGCGCCAUGGGUUCUAAGAUCGUUGUGGUUGGAUGCGCAAUCCUAGGGCUCGUAGGACUCGUCGCAGGAGCUCCUGAGAGACGCAUUCGGGGCCUAGAGGAAUCUAACAUUCCUGAGGAAUUUAUGAUUGACGAAAGCGUCUCGCACCCCGUGGUCCUCCUGCAUCAUGAGGAGUGCCCAACUUGUGACAAGGUGAGCGAUAUCCAGAUCGUCUGCGCUAGCAACAGGAAGAUCUACAUCAACGAAUGCGUCUUCAGGAUGGAGAAAUGCACGCAGGAGAACCUGACCGCCGUCGAGUGCACCGAUGCUCACAGGGCACCUCAGAAAACUCCCAUGAUGCACCAGUACGACGUCGAGUACAACUUUUCUCCUAGACUGUAGCGCACUCUCCACGCGUCAGGAAUGGGACUAUGAGAUUUCUCAUAUUUGGAGCGUCAAAGUGAUUGGCCAUUUUGAUAUAUUUACUGUGGCUCAACGAGUAUGUUCUAAGAGAACAGCAUUGAAUAACUAAUAGAACAAAUUCUUAGAGAAUGUCUUGUAAUUUUAACAUAUUUUACGUUUGCUAUAAAUCUUCUGUAAAGUACCUAGUACUACUGAAACGUACUUCUUGUCAAAUCCGGUUAUUUGCAAUGUAUUAGAAACCAUUUUAUAGUCAAUUCAGCAUCUCCAAUGCACGUAAUAAAUUUCUAAAACUAUUAUAAC